AUGGCACACGGACGUGCUCGUGAGAUGAGUGGAUCCAGACUAAGGCAGGACCCCAAGAAGCGAUACUCCAAAGACCUGGACCUCCUUCACACGGCAAUCAGCCAAAACCAUCACCGCAAAUCCAACUUGGCGAGAUCAGUAUCGUCCCAGAACCUCCUGAACAAGAACAUCCCAAUGACUGAACAUGGCCCAGGGCCCGAGAGACCAGCUUUUCGCAAAUGGCACUCGUUUCAGAUGCACACGGCAAGCGAAGCCAAGGAUGCCAAGGAAGGAAGCUCCAAUCCACCCCGAAUCUCUGUUGGUAUUCAUCCCUCCGACAAUCUUCACACCCCUGCCCAAGAGCCCAGUAUGCACGGCUCUCGUGUCAUCCAAACAAGUACUGCCAACAUUCCCCAUGACGAUAACAGUGUAUCUCCACUAACAGUGCUAAAGGAUCAGUACAACAUCCGAAGACCCGACUUCCAUAUGCCAAUGACCGCUACCCCAGCCACAGAUAACUCUUUCAACAACUUGCUCGAUCAAAAUUCGCAAACCCACACGGAACUGACUACUGUGCUGGAGUCCAGGUCUUCCAAAUCGGUCUUCAACCGAAUGAGCCAGAUCAUGAAUAUGGCACACGCCAGUAUGCACUCACUAGUGCCCAUGUUGCCUGGAGGGGAUCCCGAAAACGAGUCUCUAUCAGGACAUAUGUCGUCUAGUAACAUUUCCAAUUACCAGAGUGAGUCCGAUACAGAGGAAGAAGAGGACGACGGCGAUGGUCUGUCACAAAACAAGCCCCAGGUGGACAACUGGAAAUCCCCCGUGGGCAACACCCAAAUGGAUCUUUCCAAUGAUCUCAAUAAUUUCCAGGAUAUGUUGAAUGAAAUCAAUGACUUCCAAAGUAAUUUUGUGGAUAAGUUCAGUCCUUCCUCGUCUAAGGGGGUUCGGCUGAAUAGGACUCAGCAAAAGAUCCUCGAUUACAAAGAAUUGCACUCGUUUGAUUCUUCUUCCACUCUCAACAGUCUUGGACCUUUGAGCUCCGCUCUAAAUCUGCCUGCCCCCUCCUCUGUAUUGAACUCAUACAGCAUGAGGAUACAAAGCGAGACGAUCACAUCCCAAUACACAUCGAUUAGGCUCAGAUUCGGAAGCAAAGUCAACUCCCAUAUGAGCACGAUGAAGAAGUAUAUUGGAGCCAAUACUGCUGUUUUGGGGUUCAUCAAUCGCUUGGAACUGGCCAAACUGAAGGGUUUUGGGUGGAUAAGCCCCAACUCGGACUACAAGGAGAAACCACCCCUCAAUUUUGAGAAUAAGGACGAAAUCAUCAAGACUAUGUGGGACUCGGAAAUCAGUCAAUUUUUCGGUUCUGCAGUGGCCGAACCAUCGUCCCAAGGCAGCGAGAGCGGCACUAGUGGGAUCAGAAGGACCAGUAAUGAAGAAUUAAUGGACAAUGUCGAUUUUGCGGCAAUUGCUCGGGGUGUCAAACUAAGAGGAUAA